CAUGCUUCGCAAAAGGCCAGAUGACACCCUACCCCUUUGCUGAUCCAGGGAGAUGACACCGAUUCUGAUGAUAUAAUAAUAUAUGUAAAGACUUCUUCAUCUGAUUAGCUAAAAAUGGGUAGGUCUGAGUUCUUGUGGGCUGGACGAGUGAUUCUUCUUCUUCUUCUUCAGCUGAUUCCAGGGAUUCUGGGUUGGGGAAAAGAGGGGCAUUACGCUACCUGCAAGAUCGCUGAGGCCUAUCUUACUUCAGAUGCAUUAGCUGCUGUGAAAUCAUUACUUCCUAGUGUAGCUGAAGGAGAUUUAGCCAAUGUCUGUUCAUGGCCUGAUCAAAUCAGGUUCCAUUAUCGCUGGAGUUCAUCACUUCACUUCUGCGACACUCCUGAUUUCAGAUGUAACUAUGAUUUCAAAAGUGAGUUCAUGAUUUCAUCCUUUUUUCUCUGUGUUUUGCUGCUAAUAGUAAAUACCCUUUGUAUAGGAGACUGCCAUGACACUAGAGGGCAGGAAAAUAGAUGUGUUACAGCAGCCAUAUAUAACUACACAACGCAGCUUAUGUCUUACAAUGACACUUAUUCCUCAAUGAGAUAUAAUCUAACAGAGGCAUUGAUGUUCUUAGCUCAUUUCAUGGGAGAUGUUCAUCAGCCUCUACAUGUUGGGUUUGUUGGUGAUCAAGGAGGAAACACGAUCAAUGUACAUUGGUAUAAGAGGAAAUCUAAUUUGCAUCAUAUAUGGGAUACUCUAGUCAUAGAGUCUGCAAUGAAGACAUUCUACUCAAACGAUCUUGGUGUCAUGAUUGAGUCGAUUCAAAAGAACAUUACCGAUGGAUGGUCUGAUGAGUUAGGGCAGUGGGAAGCUUGUGCGAAGGAUGGGGUUGCUUGUCCAGGCUCAUAUGCUUCUGAGAGUAUUAGUUUGGCUUGCAAAUAUGCCUACAGAAACGCCACGCCAGGAACCACCCUAAACGACAAUUACUUCUAUUCGCGGCUGCCUAUCGUAGAGAAGAGGCUCGCCCAAGGUGGGGUUCGGCUCGCAGCAGUUCUGAACCACAUCUUCACCUCGAAAUCAUUGGUUUCUCAACAGUGAGACUAAUUCUUAAUUCAAGUUUAACCAUUAUUAUUUUGUAUUUGCAAACUCUCAUAUAUGCUGAAUAAAUAUUAAUGUUUUAUAUU